AACUUCUACACGCGAAAAGUGACAGCAGCCACGAUCAGUCGGGAAAACAGAUUGUUUGUGUCCAUAAUUAGCUGUUUUAGCUUUCAAAAUAUAAACGCUCACUAUUCAUAUUUAAGUGGCAAGUUUUUAAUUUAUAUAAGAUGGUGUUUUACUUCACAAGUGCCGUGGUGAACCCUCAGUACACAAUCUACAUGGGAAAAGACAAAUAUGAGAAUGAGGAUCUAAUAAAGUACGGAUGGCCUGAAGACAUCUGGUUUCAUGUGGACAAACUGUCUUCGGCUCAUGUUUAUCUGAGACUGCCACAGGGUCAUACGAUACACGAUAUUCCCUCCGAGGUGCUGAUAGACUGUGCACAGUUGGUGAAAAACAACAGCAUCCAAGGUAAAGAUCUGCUUCCCAAUGAUUUCAUUUGAUUUGUAGAAUGAUUG